AUCUUUUUGUCCUUGCUCACUAGAUUAAAAUAGUGCCCUACGCCGCAUCUCCGACAAUUACGCACACGCAUUUUUGUUGAACUGUCCGAGGCUGAACAAAACCGCGUCUCGGGCAGAGUAGGAUGCAUGAUGCGUACGGUGCAGCAGCUCUUCGCCUGUGCAGCCCGGUGGUGAGUCUGAGACGCAGUUCAGGCACCAUUACCGGCGGAGCGAUACCACCAUCUCCUCUCAGGCCCGGUUUGUUAAGCUGAGAGUGUGUGGCUCACUGUACCUGAGCGAAUGUUUCCGUCAUGUACAAUCGAAAAGGGGGGCAGAGGAUCACAACUAGACCAAGGGACCUGUCUUUAAUGCUCUGAAAUGCAGAGCCAUAUCGCCCUCGCAUCAAGAAUUAUCUCCCUGGGCUGGCUGCUGCGGUUGUUUUGCAACUGAUGAAGAUUUUCAUUUUUAUUUUGAUGCGCUUUUGUGGAUGUCUUUGAAUAUGUUUAUUCUGGUGCUCUGGUGUAGUGCGUGAGUCAUCGUCGGCACUGGCGAGCAGGAGCUGUUGUCGGGACUCGUUGACAUGCAUUCCCCCUGAGCUCAGCGACGCCUCCCUCGGUGGUGUGGUGUCAGGAUGCCAGUGCAGGCGGCCCAGUGGACAGAGUUCCUGUCCUGUCCCAUCUGCUACAAUGAGUUUGACAGCAGCGGCCACCAGCCCAUCAGCCUGGGCUGCUCCCACACGGUGUGUAAGACCUGCCUACACAAACUGCACCGCAAGGCCUGCCCCUUUGAUCAGACGCCAAUCAGCACCGAUAUCGACCUGCUGCCAGUCAACUGUGCCCUGCUGCAGCUGGUUGGUGCUCAGGUCCCAGAUGUGCAGCCGGUGAGCCUGAGCAGUGCAGCAGAAGUUGAGAACUACGAGGUGUCCAAGGUGUGCGUGGAAGAGCUGGCUCUCUACCUAAAACCUAUCAGCGGAGCAAAAGAGCUGUCACCAUUUGCAGGUGUGGCAAAUCUGAGUCCGAGCGUGCUCAGCCGGCCAAUGCAGAGGAAGCUGGUGACCUUGGUGAACUGCCAGCUGGUGGAGGAGGAGGGCCGUGUGCGGGCAGUGCGGGCAGGCCGGUCGCUGGGGGAACGAACCGUAACCGAGCUCAUCCUGCAACACCAGAACCCCCAGCAGCUCUCUGCCAACCUCUGGGCAGCAGUGAGGGCGCGGGGCUGCCAGUUCCUGGGACCUGCUAUGCAAGAAGAUGCUCUGAAGCUAGUUUUACUGGCUCUGGAGGACGGCUCAGCUUUAUCCAGGAAGGUGUUGGUAUUGUUUGUAGUCCAAAAACUUGAGGCUCGGUUCCCCCAGGCCUCCAAAACCAGCAUAGGGCACGUGGUGCAGCUUCUCUACAGGGCUUCCUGCUUCAAGGUGACUAAGCGUGAUGAAGACUCCUCACUGAUGCAGCUGAAAGAAGAGUUUCGAACGUACGAGGCUCUCCGGAGAGAACAUGACGCACAGAUCGUCCACAUCGCCAUGGAGGCGGGCCUACGAAUUUCACCUGAGCAGUGGUCUUCUCUGCUGUACGGAGAUCUGGUCCACAAGUCACAUAUGCAGUCCAUUAUUGACAAGUUGCAGUCUCCAGAGUCGUUUGCAAAGAGCGUUCAGGAGCUGACAAUUGUUUUGCAGAGGACGGGAGACCCAGCCAACCUCACCAGCCUUAGACCACACCUAGAGCUACUAGCCAACAUAGACCACAACCCAGAUGCCCCGGCACCAUCAUGGGAGGAGCUGGAAAGUGUGAUGCUGGCUGUGAAGUUGGUGGUUCAUGGACUAGUGGAAUUCAUACAGAACUUCAGCAAGAAGAGCCACGAUGCUCCCCAGCCUCAGGCCAACAGCAAGUACAAGACCAGCAUGUGCCGAGACCUUCGUCAGCAGGGAGGCUGUCCCAGAGGAACCAACUGUACAUUUGCACACACACAGGAUGAACUGGAGAAAUUUAGACUGAGAAACAAGAAGAGCAGCAGCGUAGGCCGCACAUUCCCAUUAGCACCUGGGGUUAUGGGUAAAACCUUCACCAUGGAGGGCAGCAUCCACUCAGAUGUGUCUGCAGGCAUGGGGCAGGGGCUCAAAGGCACAGGGGAGAACACAGACUCCCUGACAGAGGGAAUGCCCGGCCUGACUCACCCCCAACUGAUCUCCAGAGGGGCUGACAUGAUGGAGGAAAUGAAUAGAGCGGUGCCAAAUGGAUCCAAUGAUGCUAAAGGGUCCAACGGGCUAACUACCAGAAAUUCAUCAGGGUCCACUGAACAGAAGCCCAUCUCACCUCCCAGGACUCCAGUCAGCCACUCCUCAGCAUCGUCUCCCUUGACAACAGUUGGGCGGGGUGAUGGUGGCACUCUUAUGCCCAAACAUGGUCAGUUCAUGCUGCGUGCACCACAUCCUUCUCAGGCGUCAGAGCUAUACUAUCAGGAGCCCCACUCUGCAUACGAGUCACCCCAUUAUCAACCAACCUCAGGUUCCUACUACCAAUCUACUCUUCAUCCUCCUCACAAACCCUGCAUGGCUCGCUUUCUUCGAUCCACCAACGUCCCAGAAUCCUCUCUGCCACCCUCGAUUGGCCCUCCAUCAUCUUCCUACCCCAGUGACCCUCAAGCGCCACACCCACCUUCCUCCUCUUCUUCGGUGUACCCGCCACACCCGCCUAGAGAUCGGAUGGGAUCUACUGCCUUCCAUCACCACCCGGGGCAGCCUCAGUAUGGGCCUCUGGCUCCUGCUCAUGGUGUUUAUGCUCCCCUCUAUGACAGCAGGAGAGUAUGGAGGCCUCAGCUGUACCACAGAGAGGAUGCCAGGAGUAACUCACUCCCUCCAGAGGUGCUGCAUUCCUCUGUCUACCAGCCUCCACUCAGGGAGAGAUUCAACUCUCUAGACAGCAACUACUGCUCCGGAGCUGAACACCGCACAGGGCUACACAGGGAUUAUGGCCGUGUUCCUCUCGGCUACGAGGAUCUGUUCAGAAGGAAGCAGGAACAGUGGGCUCAUCAUCACCACCAUCACAACGCCAACAGGCCCUCCCAGUCCUCCCCCAUCUUCACCAUCGAUUUUGGAACUGAGCGUGUGGAGGGCAGUGGAGGCCAGUGUGUGGGGUGCAGGUUCAGAGGCGAGGAAAGUUUAGCGCACUACUCUCCGUGGUCCUGUGGUACCAUCGGCCCCUGCCUCGGCUCCUUUGAGCCUGAAACGCUCGCACACACCUCGGCUCACUCCUGCUCAGAACACUCGGAGUCGGACAGUAAUGAAGCUGGAGGUGGUGUCGGAGGUGGAGGCGGUGGCAGUAGUAGUGGUGUCGGGAAGCGAUGGCUGCAAUCCUUGGAUCACUACCGGCGCUUGAAAGACGAGGAUCCGAUCAUUCCCUUUAGUGAGGGGCCCAUUAUCUCCAAGUGGGGUGCCAUAUCCAGGGCAUCUCGCACGGGCUACCACACCACCGAACCUAUCCAAGCCACGGCCUGCCAGGGCAGCGCCAACACCACACCCAUCAACUUCAAAGAUUACAACCACCACUUAGAUCACAGUGACUACAGGUGGAGCUCCAGAGGAUCAGACUCUUCCAGCCACUCCAGUUUCCUAGAAAGUGAGCAGCUUUGUGCAUCAGAACUUCACUGCUGUCGAACCUCAAUAAGCAGUGGAGAGAAAAUCGUGUCUGAUCUGCAAGUUUGUCAGACCGCCUACAACCGGGAUCGUGGCCAGGCCGAGAGCGAACCGGACCCAGAUCGAGACAUUGAGCUCGAACUGUGCGCUCUUGACUUGGAGGAUUCAGACCCCCAGGACAUCAAGUCUCCGGAGUCUUUAGACCUGGCUACCCCACAGUCUCAGGAUGCUUCCCAUCUCCGCCCACCACCAUGCUCUUCUCCCCUCCUCUCUUCUCCUGUGGAGGAGCAGCCCCAAACAGAGGGUUCUUCGACAGAAAAGAUGGAUGCUCACUUGCUUAAAAAGAUGGCCUUCAGGAAGUCUCUGUCUCCUGGAGGGUUAGUCUCAGGAGGUCUGGGCGUCGGCAAGCUUGUGCUGCGGACUGGACCUCCUCGACUGGGGGACACUUCCACCCGGGCUUGUCCUAAAAUGCCCGGGACAGAGAUGCUACUCAAUGGAAGCUAAAGGAAUACAAAGUCAGACAAUGACCUGUGGCAAGCUAGAGCUGAGCCCACAACCAGAUCCUGGUUAAAGGGAAUACCAUUUCAUUUUAGCCUUUAUAUAUGUCAAUCAGAUGCCUAAAUAAAAUUUGACAGCUAUGAGUCAACAGUCUGUGCUGCGCCACGUUGUAAGGGGCAAGGGAAAACAUGUUGUCCUGCCUCCUGAGUGGAUAUUUUCACCAAUGUACAGCUCCACAGAGAAUUUAGUGACAUAUUACUGUUUAUGCCCAGUAAGGCACCUGUCCAGUUUGCCCUUACAGUAAAUGCUGGACUUGCGUCCAUGUUUGCAGUUUCAAUCCCCGGUCACAUUUAAAAGAAAGGCUGGAUAUCUUACACCAUCUACACCACAUGAUUGCUCAUUUUACAUGACAUCAUCUGGUUAGCAUUCAACAUGGCUGACACACUUAGGUUCGAUAGGCCUUUUUUCACUUCAUUUCACAUGAUCCAUCACACAGCAAAAACCUAUACAGUAGGUGCCACUCUUCUAUGUUAAUAUUUCCUUUAUUUAUUCUUCAUGUUUUAUAUAGUGUGAAUUGACAGCAGGGACUGAGAUUCAAACAUUUCCUACCAAAUUUUGCCUUGCUCCCAGGACUGAGGUUUGGUAUCUGUGAGACAACCUCAAGUCAUUUGCUACAGUAAAUCAUCAUUUAUUUUAAUAAAGUUAUAAAUACCAUUUACUGUAUGUAAUUGCUCUCUUGCUUUUGUCUGUUUCCUCCAAGACAGGCACUGGUUUAGAGACGCUUCGCUAUCAAAAGGUACAUUAAACAAAACAGUGAUUAUUUAUCACUUUUUGUAAACUUAUGAAUAUCUGACACUUAUUUUUCAAGUUGUGCAAUCUCUUUACAUGUCAAGGCAUUUGUUUCUGUAAGCUGCCAUACAUGGUAAUGCCCUCAUCCAGCUCAGUGCUCCUGAUUUAGUGUAUAGCCUUUGUUGUAUUGCUGCAUAACACAUUUUUUAUAAGUAUUCCCUGAAAAAUCAAGAGAUAGACGUAAUAAUACCGAGAAUAAACAAUGGGCAGGGCACUCCAACCGGUAGAAAACAGAGGUCUUGAGUAUGCUGAUACUCAAAUAAGCUCUAUCUUUUAUGAGUCAUAUGUUGACUGAAUUUCCUCGACUAUCAUGAGAUCACAGAACACAAUGACACAGUCAUAAACUGAAUUUGUUAAUGAUCAUUGAAAUCAGUGCAAGACAAAUAAUCACUGGAUGUCAGAAGGGAUGACAACAAAACAAAGAUAUGUAUACACAUGUUUCAGUCCAUACCAUACUACCUUUAUUAAAGGUGACUUGUACUGCAUAACUAAAGAAUACCAAUUACCAAGUGCGGGACAGAAAUAGUAUUUCCAGGUGUAAAUGGAGCUAAUUUAGUAGAUUUCUAUAUGAGCCACAUCAAUCAAUCUUGAAAACUAUUGUUUCAUCUUUGUGUGCCUGUAGCAUUUAUCUCACUGCUCUCUUUCUCUCACACACACAUACGCGCAAACACACACACACACACACACACACACACACAUACAAACAGUACAUGUGUGCUGUCAUUCACAUACAGUCGACACAAACAUGCAAGACAGUGGCCUUUCUCUCCUUGGUGUUAUACAGACCUAAAUAUUGGGCUCUACAAUGACUUUUGUCCAUGCCCACUGACAGAUUCCUGUCAUGUUUCAGAGGUGUUAUCUUUCAUGUGAUCUCAGAAACUGGAAAUCCCAGUUUUGUAAGCUAAUUUUCUGUGCUUUCCAGUCCGGUCACCUUUAUGUACAAUGUACAGUAAACAAUAUUCAUGCAUGAUGUUUCAAGCUGAAGCCUAGAAAAGUGAGGGACACCACUUCUUGUGUUUCGUCACGCUGUAUCUUUGUUUAACUUUUUUUUGGUUUCUUUUAUUUGAUGCAUUGCUAACUUCUGUGAAGUUGUUUGUCGGGGUAUUUUGUAUCAGGAUCUUCGUUAUUCUUGUUUUGUUUGCUAUAUUAUACAUCACAGUAAAUUGAUCGUCUUGUCUAAUGUUUUCCCUGUUUUCCGGCCAUCAGAUGUGAUGUCAUCAGUACGCUGUCUAGUUCACUGUAAUUUUGUGCAGUGUUGGGGAUUUCCAUACAGCCCGGCCUUGCCUCACUCCCUUUUAUACAGUAGAUAUGAGGCAUCUUGCCAUGUGUGGCUCUUAAUGACUUUAAUAAAUAGCGUGAAAACAUUAACCCAUUUUACAGGAUUUAAAGUCAUGAGUUUGUUUACACCCUAUUCUAAAUCUUAUUAGAUUUGUGUAGAAUGAGAAGAGGAGGGCUGACUAAUAUUUUAUUCUUUCCAGCUUCCUCUUUCAUUUCCUCUCACCUAAAUUACUGUACCUUUUCAAAAAUAUUCCUUUCAGAUUAUAUAUCAAAUCUAAUUUUAGAGGAUGGCAGAAUGGCUGUACGUCUGAGGAUUACUUUAUUAACCCGAAUGAACAAUGAAAUAGUGGACUGGUAACCUUUUUGGGGUUUCUCUCUUAUCUUCCACCCAACAUAUGCUGGGAGAAGCAGGGAGACAAAGUGAAGAAUUGGACUGAACAAUUCAGUGUAAUACUCUUUUGAAAACUGAAUUUCUGAGAUGAAAAGGCAAGAGCUGGCACAGGGAUUUUGCUGCUCCAAGUCAUGAAAUUAGCUCAGCUACCUACUGUCGCUCUACAUCUGUUUACAACUUCACCUUGGAAGUCAUGUAAUGUUAAGUGCCAUGUUGUGUACAGUACAGUACAACCAAUUCCUGCAAUUUUCCUACAGCUUUUCAUAUUAUUCAACUGUAAACUAUUUGAGGAGGGAAAGGCUCAGUCAUGUUGAGGAGUGAGAUACUUCUCGUGUAGUUCUGCUUUGUUCCAUUAGAGGAGGCUAGAUCUGUCUGAAUUGCUCAGGGAAGACUUAAGUUGCUCAGCUACUUCGGCUUUUUCUAUAUUCAUCACUUAAAUAUUCUGUGGAAGUAUUUGCCUGGAUUUUACUUGCUGAUAACUGACCCUUUCACCCAAACUAUACAUUUGUCAGAGAUUAUAUUGUUUGCCAGUGUUUACUUUUGCCUCUCAAUAUCAAUAUUGGCUUUGCUAUUCCUGUUCCCAUUGGAAAGGGCUGGGCGCUACUGGAUGUAAAAACAGUAUUGUGAGUAUUGAACUAACGUCAAAGUGAUUCUCCUUGUUUCCUUUAAAGUGUCUAUGGAGCACUGCUGUAGUGGCUAAUUGCACUGCACUAAUUCCCACCCCGUCACUGCCAGCAGGUGCACUCUGCCACCCCACCACCACCCCAUCCUCCCUGCAUCCUGCGUCAUGCAUGCGAUAUAGUCCCUCUUGUGAUGGCGGAGGAGUAUUGAUGAUUCUGUAGUUGUGAUACAACACACCCAGCGCUGUAAGAGUUCUGCACAUGCCCACUGUGUGGCCACGUCAAGUGCUGAAGUUUGCUUGCAGCAUUUUACUUGUUUGCUCAUGAAAAUUAAUUCUGGUUUGAUAGAGAUUAUAUUAUUAUUAUUAUGACUAUUAUUGUUAUUACCACAUUUGGGUUGUUGUGGUAUUUUUCCUUCUUGGUAUAUUUCGGUAAGUCAGCUUCUUUGUUUUGAAUUUGAGAAUUUGCUGACAUUUUUUAUUAGACAAGAAAGUGUCUCAUUAUUCUAUAUUAUAUGGAAAAAAAAGCCUGUUUGUUGAUUGUGAAACAUAUGAUGAUGAUGAUGUUUUCUGACUAUUCAUGUCUGUAUUAGACAUUUUAUUUGCGAAUCUAUUGUUCGAUUGAAAUGUAAAUGAACUAUUAAGAGAUGGUACACAUCCGUCAUUGUAUACAGUCUGGCACCAUCAUUAGAUGGAUUUAUAGUAUAGACGCUCAUUUAUACAACCUGUGAUAAUCAGAUAUAUUUAAAUGUUUAAAUCAUUGGGGCAGCUGUGUAAUGUUUCAGAAUGAGGAAAAUAAACUCCUUAAGAGACAGCAUAUCGAAAAUGUCCCCAUAAUGAAUAAUACUGUUACGUAUUCCAUUUAUUUCCAUGGAAAUAUCACAUUGUGAAAGGUUUCCCUUUUACUGAUUGUAUGGAAAUGCAGGACUGGAGUAAGUCAAACCUAAGAUGAUAAUGAUUUAUGUGCUAUUCCUGAUUGAUGAAACGGUUUCAGUAUUGUUAGACUGACUGACUCUUCUGUGCAUUUUCUAGCUAAUUCAUCUGUAUUACACUGACUGACUUACAGACAGCUUGGCCGAGCAGCUUACUGCUUCUGUGUUGCACUGAGAGAUGGAAUUAUGAAAAAGGCACACGGAAUUGCAUGCCACAAUAAACCAAAAACAAAUUAUG